GACCGUCCUCGGAGUCGGCCGGCUCCCGCCCCGCCCCCCGUUCUUGCUGCCCCCUCCCCGGUCGCGCGCGCGCGCGCGCGGAGCGGGGGCCUGUUUCUCGCUCCUCCCGAGUUGCGGCCGCCGCCGCCGCCGCCGCCGUCGUCGCCGCCGCCGCCGCUGCUGCUCCUCCUCUCUCAAUCUCGGGUUUCCCAGGCGCUGCCGCCGCCGCUACCUCUGCGGUCUGAGGAGGAGGAUGUGAAGAUGGCGGAGCUGCAGAUGCUGCUGGAGGAGGAAAUCCCGGGGGGCCGCCGGGCCCUCUUCGACAGUUACACGAACCUGGAACGGGUGGCAGAUUACUGCGAGAACAACUACAUCCAGUCAACAGAUAAGCAGAGAGCCCUUGAAGAAACCAAAGCCUACACCACCCAGUCCUUAGCAAGUGUUGCCUAUCUGAUAAAUACUUUGGCCAACAAUGUUCUGCAAAUGCUGGAUAUCCAGGCAUCACAGCUUCGGAGGAUGGAAUCUUCAAUCAAUCAUAUUUCACAAACUGUUGAUAUUCAUAAGGAGAAAGUUGCAAGAAGAGAAAUUGGUAUCUUGACUACCAAUAAAAACACUUCAAGGACACAUAAGAUUAUUGCUCCAGCCAACCUUGAAAGACCAGUUCGUUAUAUUAGAAAACCUAUUGACUAUACGAUUCUAGAUGAUAUUGGACAUGGAGUAAAGUGGUUGCUUAGAUUUAAGGUGAGUACCCAGAAUAUGAAGAUGGGUGGGCUGCCUCGUACAACACCUCCAACUCAGAAACCCCCCAGCCCCCCAAUGUCAGGGAAAGGGACACUUGGGCGGCACUCCCCCUAUCGCACACUGGAGCCAGUGCGUCCUCCAGUGGUACCAAAUGAUUACGUACCUAGCCCAACCCGUAAUAUGGCUCCCUCGCAGCAGAGCCCUGUGAGGACAGCUUCUGUGAAUCAAAGAAAUCGAACUUACAGCAGCAGUGGGAGUAGUGGAGGAAGCCACCCAAGUAGUCGGAGCAGCAGUCGGGAGAACAGUGGAAGUGGGAGUGUGGGCGUUCCCAUUGCUGUUCCUACUCCCUCUCCUCCCAGUGUUUUUCCAGCCCCUGCUGGCUCUGCUGGUACUCCUCCCCUUCCUGCUACUUCUGCAUCUGCCCCUGCCCCUCUUGUUCCUGCUUCUGUCCCUUCCUCCACUGCCCCAGAUGUUGCUGCGGGGGGUCCCCAGACCCUUGCUGAUGGCUUCACUUCUCCUACUCCCCCUGUUGUUUCUUCCGCUCCCCCUACAGGUCAUCCUGUUCAGUUCUACAGUAUGAAUAGACCUGUUGCUCGCCAUACUCCCCCAACAAUCGGGGGGUCUUUGCCCUAUAGACGCCCUCCAUCCAUAACUUCACAGACAAGUCUUCAGAACCAGAUGAACGGAGGGCCGUUUUAUAGCCAGAAUCCAGUAUCUCUUGCUCCUCCUCCUCCCUCCAUCCUACAGGUAACUCCCCAGUUACCAUUAAUGGGAUUUGUGGCCAGAGUCCAAGAAAAUAUUUCAGAUACACCACCUCCACCACCACCUGUGGAAGAACCAGUCUUUGAUGAAUCGCCCCCACCGCCACCACCCCCAGAAGAUUAUGAAGAGGAGGAGGCUGCUGUGGUUGAGUAUAGUGAUCCUUAUGCUGAAGAGGAUCCACCAUGGGCCCCACGAUCUUACUUGGAAAAGGUUGUGGCAAUUUAUGAUUAUACAAAAGACAAGGAAGAUGAGCUGUCAUUUCAGGAAGGCGCCAUUAUUUAUGUCAUUAAGAAGAAUGACGAUGGUUGGUAUGAGGGAGUUAUGAAUGGAGUGACUGGGCUCUUUCCUGGGAAUUAUGUUGAAUCCAUCAUGCAUUAUUCUGAGUAAAGCUCUCAGCUGGGUUGUUUCCCUGGGUUGUUUUCCUAGAGCAAAAGGCCCUGGAGAUUUCCCUCCAGUGAAAUGAAUGAAGGACAGUGAUAAAAACUACUUAGUUUUGUUUAUCCCCCAGUAUUAAACAAACAAACAAAAAAAGCAAGCUGAAUUAAAAUAAAUGGAUCUUGCUGCCAUCAUCUGUACUAUGCUGAGCUGUCUGGAUUGAAAUAAAGUGACCAUUUUUGGACAUGUCAGAGCUAUCACAGCAUAACUAUGUAAAAAUAAACCAGGUUAAGACUAAUUCAGAAAAACAUCUGGGAUCUUUCUCAGGAAUACUGUGUAUCCUAAGGAAUUCUCCUCCUGCAGACUCUGUGGCAUUGGAUAUUCUUCGGUGCCUGUGCUGAGGGAUAGCCUCAUGGUCAAGUGUGUACCCUAGCCCCAAUUUCGUCCGCUGUAUGAGGAGUGAACCGAUAUUUCAAUAUUAUACCUAACCAUUUUUAGAAUUGUUUCAGAUGGCUUCUUUCCUCUUUAGCACUAUAAAACUGCAUUCUGUCAGCACUUGGGUACACCACAUGAGUUAAUGCUGAACUGACUUGCAUCCCUUCAUGUUUCUCAAUUUGUAGUAUAAGGUUGAUGAAAUUCGAGUUUCCACACAUUCUGAGGGUGAUCAUUUUUAAUGUGCUCUGCUGCAUGAAUCUGCAUUGCCACUCGUGGCCAUCGUGCCCAGGUGUGAAGAGCAGUAGGCUAGCUCAUCUGCUUCAGCAGGCAUGCGAAACUAGACAGGAAUGUUCCUAAGGUUCUCAAGAGACUGAGCUGUAGAAAUAUACCACAGCUCAGUUGGUGUCCUGAACCCUUGUCAUAGGUGCUGUUCUGAGGAGGUCAGACUAUUUAAUUUUUUUUUUUCAUUUUAAAACAUUCUUUUUUGGGAAAAAUUUCACAAUGUCUUUUGUCACUUGGAAUAGGAGGCUUGUUACUGUGCUUUCUGAACAUUUAAAUGGCCAGUGUUAGCUGCUGCUGCAUUGUUUACUCAGUUCUGGAACAGAAUUCUCCUAAUUUUGUGUAAUUGGCCUCUGAAGGAGCUGCUCUUGGUAGAAAUUUGUAUCUAAAGAAUAAUGUAAUGGAACAAAUGGGAUAAAGCCAAAUACUUAUCUAACCAUAUAAAAGAUAAAACGUUGAGGGAAAUGACAGUAGUUUUCUAUUUGUGCAUUAUAGUUUCAGUUUCAAUGGAGUUUGUUAGGAAAAUUGGCUUUAAUCAUCUCAGUAGUCAGCAUAAUAUUAAAUUCCAGAAGGGUCAGCAGAUGAUGCUGCAGUGAGGAUCCAACUCAUGAUCUUUCAAGUCCUAGUCUACUCAGGGAGAGAGAGGCCUGGAGAGGUAGUGCAGGAGUAAAGGCACUUUCUUGUGUGCGAUAGACCCUGGUUUGAAUAUCACUGCGAGGUACUUGGUCUGACCCAAUUCCCCCGAGUAGUGAACAUGAUGGUGCAGUUAGAGGAACUUGAUUGAGAAAAGAACUAGUAGUGUCUGAGGGACUCAGAUGGUACAGACAACAUGUUACCAUUCACUUGUGACUGUUAGCAGAGCACAAAACUUCACCAUUGAGUGCAACCCAGAUACAGAGUUCCUUUAUCAGGAUUUUUGUUAUUGUUAUAAAGUUACAUGUUUCUUGGUUAUUUUUCACACACAUUGCAAGUUGUUUUACUUUUUAGAUUUCAACACUUUUUAGUUUAGUUUUCAUCCACUUGUUCAGUACAUGUUCUGCUGCUUUUGUUAGGUCAUCUGGAACUCAUACAUUACUGUUUUCCUUCAGAGUAAUGGCCCUGGAUGUUCUGAACCUAGACCUUACUUGGAUAGUUUGUUUUUCUUAGUAUAUCACUAGGGAAAAUGUUUUGAAGUAAGGCAUUCUGAUACUUUGUUUCAUUUAAAAAAUUUAAUGGACUAUUAUAGUUGGAAAUCCAACAUAAUUCCCACAGCUCACCCUCCUAACAGAGAAGACAACUGUGCAAAAUGUAGGUAGCAGUCAGCUUGUUGGACCCCUGUGGGAUGGGGAAAUUCAGAAAACACUGGUGAAGGCCUUAACACCUGCAGCAAGGGGGGAACCCAGGGUCAGCCAAUUUGGGUGUGCAUAAUUUGUUACAAAAACACCUACUGGGUUUUCUGCAUAUUUUACAUUUUUGUACAGUUUUUAAUUCUGUAUGAUGUCUUGGAAGGAUACUGUGUAAUAAUGAUGGGCCAGGCCUAUAGUAAUUGGAGACUUUUAAUGUAUGUAAUAUUUCAUAGAUUGCAUGCUAUUAAUAGUCUGUGAGGGUAGUAUUUUCAUGUUUUAUUGUAAGUUUACCCCAUUUUUGUUAACUAAAUGUGACUGGAAGUAGAAAUUCCAAAAGAAUGCAGAAAUCUUACACGCUACAUAAUAGUAUGGCAAAGAAAUUAAAGUCAAAAUCUGCUGACUAGUAAGCAACAAUUUUAUCAGGAUAUAGAGAAUGUAAAGGGCAAGGAGGUCUUUUUUCUUUCAAGUAUUUAGGGUAUUUUUGGACUUGUGUCCAGUCCCUUUUGACUUUUGACAAAAGUUCGAUUUUGAGGUUUUUUUUUUUUUUUUUUAUAACUAGGAAGGCUAUGGGUACUUGAAUUAAAAUGUCAUUGACCUAUGGCCAAGGCAGUAAAAAGGGGAAAAAGUGUCAAAUUCUAACCAAGGAAUUCAGUCUGUUUGAAAUAAACAUGAAUUUUUAAGAGCGCUCUUUUCCACUAUUUCCCAUCCUUUGGCUACUUGCUUUCUCUCUCCCUCAAAGGCAUCUGCUUUUCCUACCCGAGUGUUAGCAAGGGCCUGCUGUUUGCUGUAUUAGGUAAGAUAUUUUCAUUCUUACCUUUCUUUCCCCCUCUUGCUAUUAUUACCACAUUAGAAUUUUUAAAUGCAUCUUUAAGAGAUGUUUGUAGUGUAGGUUGCCCCAGAGCAAUCUUAUUUUAAUUCAUUUUUUUCUGGGGUGGAGAGAUAGUGCAGGGUAAGGCACUUACCUUGCACAUAGCUGACGCGGGUUCAGAUCCCUGGCAGUGCAUAUGCUGCUCCGAAUACCACAAGGAGUCACACCAAGCACAGAGCCAGGAAUUACCCUUGAGCAAUCCCAGGUGUGGCCCAAACUGUGCUGCUGCCCCUCCCCCUCAAAAAAGAGGGGGGGUUGGUUUUUCUGUUUGAGCACAUCAAAAUGAUAAGCUCACCUUGACCUUUUGGUGUUCAUUUUCUCUUAGCAGGUGACCUUUGUGCAUUAGAAACUGUUAUUUAUUACCAUUUCUUGGUGGAGAGAGCAUGGCAUGUUCUGAAGUCCACCUUGGUCCCUUUGUGAUCAAAGAGGGUUUGAUGGGGACCUGAAGCAGUUCCCAUUUAUUUAAUUCUGAGUUUCUUUAGCCAGCAAUUCCUGAUUGUGUGAAAUGGUUUCCCUUACUUGAUUUACUAGAAUUUUAAAGAUAGAAGGCAUUUUUUUAGAAAUUUUAGUUCAGGGCCAGAGAGAUAGCUCAGUUGAUUGAGCAUAUGCAGGACUGGUUCAAUACCUGGCACCACAUGAGUACCACUGGAUGUAGGCCCAAAAGAAAACAAAGUGUUUUUACUUCAGUCUCAUUUCACUGGUAAAAGAUGUUUUGUUUCAGAUAGCAGCUACUUAAUAGUGGUGUUCUGACUGAGCACCACACUGUAUACCCUUUCUUCAGCUGUCUUAACUGAAUGUGCUAUGUGAAUAAAGAAUUCUAUUUGAUGUCUUCAGGAUGUCUUCAGGAUACUUGAAAAGAGGUGCCAUAUUCUGAUAUGUACAAGAGUAUUCAGACUUUAAAGGAGUGUAUUAAGUGCAACCUUAGUGAAAACAAAAAAAAUUUAAACCAUUAUAAACCCACAACCAAUACAGGUGGUCUUUUCCAUAAGGUGUAUGAAGCAAAAACAUGUGAUAUUCUUUCAGCACUGGUAUAAGCACAGCAUCAGCCUUAUUUGAGAGAGCCUUAUAAAACAGGUCUUAAACAGAAGCAUCAUUGUGCUCAUUCAUUAAGUUUUUCAUUUAUGCUGAUCUUUGUUCCUAUCUCUUAAGAAUCUCAUUCUUAUAAAAAGUAAAUUGACAAAUGAAAUGACAGGGCCUAGCUGUGUAUAAAUGAUCCUUGCUAAAUAUCUUGGUUCUUUUGUAAAAAAAGAAAACAAAAAAACAAAAAGCUUAUUUUCACAUUAUAAUGGAAAUGUUUUUUGCAACUUCAGAAUUCUAUGGAAAAGCAGUUUUUAUCAUGUUUUGUGUCCAUGCAUCUUUUUUCUUAACAAAAUGGUUUACAAAAAAAUAAUAAACAGUUGUGAUCUGGCCAGUUGUACUUUCAGCUCCCAAAAGAGGGAGGGUUAGUGCUACAAGUCAAAUAAAAACCAUUCAGAAAACUUGAGGGAGCAGUUCAUUGCCAGUAAUGUUACUUGUGUGUGCCAUUAAACAACCUCCAGAUGAGUGGGGGGAGCAUCCACUUUUCAAUUUUAAUUUUGAAAUUGUAUUUGGAAUUGUUGCAGUGUACUAAGAACUUGACCUAAAUAAAACUUCACAAAAAUC